AUGAAAAAAGAGACUUACAAAGCAACCACGUGGUCCUUGGAAGAAGAUGGCGACCAAGUUGAGUCUUUGCUGCUGAUGACGCUCUUGAACGCAAACGACCGAUCCACCGAGACGUCCUGUAUCCUGCUACCCACGGCAAACAGCACCGGAACCAACGGUAACAGCUCCCACGUUAUCCACACUCGGGUUUGUCGGGGGAACAAUCAACACUUCCCCGAUGGCGACAACACUCGCACCGAUGAUGAUGGCCAGAUAAAACUCACGCCAAUUUCAAUUUCGUGUCUCUGGAAUUCGGCAAACGAUUUGUUUUUCAAUAACGACGAGGGAUUCGUACAUGGCGUCCGAAGAGAGAUUUGUACGGUGUUGGUUCCGGAUCGGGAUAAGGCUUCGGUUCAGUUGCGCGUGCUGGUUGUGGUUCGGCGAUCGGUGCUGAUCGUUCAGUCCCAUUUCGGCAUAGGCUACAAUUUGAGGCAUUUGCGAAGCGGCGGCUUUGCGCGCAUCCUGCCCAUUCAUCUUCGAGGAAUUCCGGUGGAUGGUUACGAGAAUGCCAGUCCGCAACUUCUCAUAGGAGUUGACAAUCUACGUUUGGUGGUUCCGCUCAAGGCGCGAGAGGGCGAAGUAGGAGAUCCAACUGCGGUACGCACCCGCCUGGGCUGGUGUGUGUACGGUGGCAAGCGCGACGAGUCAACGCCAACAUUCAGUUAUCACAUUUGUGACUGUCAACAUGAUUCAUCUUUAGACGAGGCAGUGAAGACUUAUCUGACGCUCGACGAAGUUGGAUCGAAAGUGUUCACGCCAGUGCUGAGUGACGAAGACACUCGAGCAACGAAAAUUAUGGAGGAGACUACAAAAAGAGUGGGCGAUCGUUAUGAGUCCGGCCUGCUUUGGAAGUACGACUUCGUAGAGUUUCCAGACAGCUAUCCAAUGUGUCUGAGAAGACUCCAAUGUCUCGAAAGAAGAAUGGGAAAAGAACCGGCGAUGCGGGACAACAUAGUGCGUCAGAUCGAGGAAUAUCAGCAGAAAGGCUACUGCCAUCGAGCGACUCCGGAUGAGCUGCAACAGGCUGACCCCCGACGCACAUGGUACCUCCCCCUCGGCGCGGUCACCAAUCCCAAGAAACCCGGUAAGGUGCGGCUCAUCUGGGACGCUGCAGCCAAAGUCGACGGGGAGUCCUUAAACGCGAUGCUAUUGAAAGGGCCCGACCAGUUGACAUCUUUGCCUGCUGUAUUAUUUCGGUUCCGCCAGUAUCCGGUGGCAGUUUGUGGAGCCAUCCGGGAGAUGUACCACCAGAUCCUGAUUCGUGAAGCUGAUCGAAGCGCUCAAAGGUUCCUGUGGCGGUCGGAUCCGAACCAGCAGCCAGAAGUUUUCGUCAUGGACGUGGCAACGUUUGGGUCGACCAGUUCACCAGCGACGGCCCAAUACGUUAAGAAUAUCAACGCCCGCCUGUUCGCCGAUAAGUAUCCUGCAGCCGUCGAAGAAGCAAUCAGUGGUCAUUAUGUUGAUGACUAUGUGACCAGUUUUCGGAGCGUGGCUGAGGCCAAAGAAGUUACGUCCCAGGUGAGGGCGAUACAUCAACACGGUGGUUUCGAACUUCGUCAGUUCUGUUCGAACAGCGACGAGGUCAUGCAGUUUCUUGGAGAGGUCAAGGCACAUCCAGUGAAGAACAUGUGCCCAACUAAGGGAGAAAACUCCGAACGUGUGCUUGGUAUUUUGUGGGAUACGGAACACGAUGAGCUGCGGUUCCCAACGAAGAUGCGGGAAGACAUGGUGAAGUUAAUCACUACACAGGAGAAACCAACGAAGCGACAGAUACUCCGGUGUGUGAUGACGAUGUUCGAUCCACUGGGUCUUCUAGCACCGUAUCUGAUCUUUGGCAAGAUCAUUAUCCAGGAAGCCUGGCGCAAAGAGCUCGGCUGGGACGAACCGGUGGACGAUGAAACGCACCAACAGUGGCUGAAAUGGGUCCAAAUGCUUGAACACAUCAACGAUAUCGGCAUUCAGCGAUGCUAUUUCCGAGAGGCGAUCAACGAAGUCGAAGUUCACACAUUUGUGGACGCCAGUGAGAUUGCAUAUUCCUGUGUGACGUAUUUUCGCUCAACGAACGCUGCCGGAGAAGUAAAGGUUGCGCUGGUAGGCGCGAAGUCCAAAGUUGCACCCCUGAAGGCGUGGUCGAUACCGCGCUUAGAGCUACAAGCGUGUGUGUUGGGUGCACGUCAUAUGCGAAGUGUCAUCGAGGGACAUUCGUUGCAGAUCAAGAAGCGAGUGUUGUGGUCCGAUUCCGGAACAGCGCUGAGCUGGAUCAACGGAGAUCCCCGAAAGUUUAAUAGAUUUGUAUCGUUCCGAAUCUGCGAGAUCUUGGAGCUAACCACUCGGAAGGAGUGGAGAUGGGUUCCAUCGAAGAACAAUCCAGCGGAUGAGGCUACGAAGUACGGUUCCGGGCCUUAUUUUGCCAAAACGAGUUGCUGGUUCGACGGGCCAAGUUUUUUGGUGCAUCCUGAAGCAGUAUGGCCAGUGUGGAAAGCUUCACCAACUACCGAAGAAGAACUGAGGCCAUGUUACUCCCACAAAGAAGUUCCGCUUCCAGAGCCCGUAAUAGCUUAUCGUGAGUUUUCUCGAUGGUGCCGAAUCUUGAGAGUUACAGCCUUUAUGCACCGCUACAUUAAUAACUUGAAGCUGGCUGAAGAACGGCGAAAUUUUGGCUGUCUAUCCAAAGCAGAACUCCAAAAGGGAGAACAAAUAUUGUUCCGAUUGGCGCAGAGUGAGAGCUUUCCCGACGAACUCAUCACUCUCAAACAAAACCUACGUUGCCCUAAAAAAGAUCGCAAAGCCCUGGAGAAGUCAAGUCAACUCUAUCGUCUUUCGCCAAUGUUAGACGACUAUGGAAUUCUUAGGGUCGACGGAAGGAUCGGAUUAGCACGGAACGUGUCGGCGGACGUCAAGUUUCCGGUUAUACUGCCGAAACGGCAUCACUUGACCUACCUGUACAUCGACGAACUUCACCGGAAAUACAACCACGGCAACAACGAGACGGUGGUGAACGAGGCGCGACAACGCGUGCAGAUCCCAGCGCUGCGCUCAUUGGUGAAGAACGUCGCAAAAAAUUGUCAGUGGUGUAAAAUUUACAAGACGAGGCCAAUUGUACCGAGGAUGGCGCCGCUACCAGCAGCUAGAUUGUCGCCACAGUUUCGCCCGUUUACCUUUGUCGGGCUAGACUACUUUGGUCCAGUGGUAGUCAAGAUCGGAAGGAGCAGUGUCAAGAGGUGGGUGGCCUUGUUCACUUGCCUCACCAUACGUGCUGUCCAUUUGGAGAUUGUCUUUUCUCUAUCAACUGAAUCCUGCGUUGCCGCUGUUCGUCGCUUCAUCAGCCGCCGAGGGUCGCCUUCAGAAAUCCACAGCGACAACGGAACGAACUUCCAGGGGGCUGAAAGAGUACUCCGUGAGCAGAUCAACGCCGGUCUAGAGGCCACCUUUACCAACCAGAAUACUUCUUGGCACUUCAUCCCACCUGCCGCUCCACACAUGGAAGGUGCCUGGGAGCGGAUGGUGAGGUCGGUGAAGGCUGCGCUUGCUGAAGCAUACUACGAGCGACUUGAUGACGAGAAGCUGCACACACUACUGGUCGAAGCCGAGUCGAUCGUAAAUAGUCGCCCCUUAACCUACUUGCCGUUGGAUGCAGCUGAGAGUGAAGCCCUGACACCCAACCACUUCCUGCUAGGGAGUUCCGACGGUGUCCGCCAGCCGCCUACCGAAGAUGUGUGUGACAACAAGUUGCUGGGGAAUUCCUGGAAUUUACUGCAGAGACAGCUGAAUACUUUUUGGAAGCGCUGGACGAACGAGUAUUUGCCGACACUGACGAGGCGAACGAAAUGGUUUGACGAGGUGAAGCCCGUUGAACCAGGCGAGUUGGUUGUGUUGGUGGAGGAUCGUAGGCGGAACGGAUGGAAAAGAGGGCGUGUCCUGAAGGUGAUUACGAAUCCAGACUGCAGGUGUCGUCAGGCGAUUGUGCAGACGAGUGAUGGGACGUUUCGUCGGCCGCUAUCGCGCCUGGCUGUGUUGGAGGUACAAGAUCGUGGAACGCGGACCCCAGCCGGAUUCCACCGGGGGGAGGAUGUUGCCACAAGGGCAAUUAGACCGGGAGCUGACGACACUCCAGCGUGUGACAGUUCUCGAUGA